UACCGCCCCCCCACCCCGUCUCGCCAUGGCGGCCCCGCGCCGCGCGUGGCUCGUCUUCGGUUUCAGCACGGAGGAGGCUGCGGGGGAGCCGGGCCCGGGCCCCGGUCCGCGGCGGCUGGAGCCGGGCCCGGGGGGGAUCCGGCGCGUGUGGCCCGCCUGGAGCUACGUGGUCGUGGAGACCGGUGCGGGGCUGGAGGUGCAGAGCGCGGGGCAGCGGCGACGGUUGCGGGGCUGGUCCGAGGCGCUGCCCUCCGAGACCCACCUGGUGCUGCGGGGCGCGACGGUGGCGCGGGCCUGGCGGCGGGGCGCAGGGCUCGGGGCGCCCGCCUGGAGCCGGGCCCUGCCGCGGGGCCUCCCCUGGCAGCCACUGCCGCUGCUGCCCGGGGGCUUCGCCACGCCGCGGCCGCCGUUCUACACCACGCUGCCCGCGGGGCUGCGUGCCCGGCGGCUGGCGCUCGGCAACGAGCACGUCCUGGUGCUGGGCGCCAAUGGGGAGCUCCACGCGUGGGGCGGCGGCAGGCACGGGCAGCUCGGGCAUGGGACGCUGGAGUCAGAGGCGCAGCCGCGGCUGGUGGAGGCGCUGGCCGGUGUGCCCAUGCGGGCCGUGGCGGCAGGAGGGUGGCAUUCGGCCAGUGUCAGUGAGGCUGGAGACCUCUAUGUGUGGGGCUGGAACGAGUCGGGGCAGUUGGCUCUGCCCUGCAAGGCACUGGCUGAGGAGCGGGCACAGGGCGAGAACGCGGGUGCAGGGACUGCGGCGCUGACCCCGCACCGGGAGCAGCCGGUGGCCGAGGCUGCUGCAUUCAUCUCCAUCCAGGCACUGCCGGCGCUGCUGGACCUGCCGCAGGAGCCCGAGGUCAGCGAGGUCAGCUGCGGGUCCCGGCACACGGCUGCUGUCACACGAGGUGGCGAGCUCUACACCUGGGGCUGGGGUAAAUACGGGCAGCUGGGACACGGGGACACCACCAGCUCUGACCAGCCCCAGCGCGUCGAGCACCUGGUGGCCGAGGGGCUGUGGGCGGAGGCAGUGGUGUGCGGGCCCUGGACCACCUACGUCUGCGUGCAGGAGCCCCCGGGUCCCCAGUGUGUCCCCAGCCCCCCGGCUGCCUGCAGCGAGGACCCUGCUGCUGCCAGAACCAGCCCCAGCCCCACUCUGCCAUCAGCCCCCCAGGAUCGGACCCGCACAGACUCAGCCGCCCCGGACUGAGAGCCUGGAGCGGGGCUGCAGCUGCACAAGGGCUGAAGCCAACGCCAGGCCGGGCUGGAUUCAUUUAUUACAUCUGUUUUUGUAUAAUAGCUGUAGUGGUGCUUUGUGUUGUGUCCAAAGGACAGCCCCAGCUUAACCCCGAGCCCACCCCUCCCCGGGGUGCCCCCAGUCCCCCCCCAGACACACACACAGAGCAGCUAUAUACACAUACAUUUACUAUUCCAAUGAACAGUACAUACAGAGCAAGGGGACAGAACCUGGAGAAUAAAUAACAGCGAGUGGGGUACUGUAGUGCUAACAAGGUGCAAAUUAGUCAUGAUCAGGGACAGACACGUAUGUACAGAGCUUCCUUAGCAAAAGUGCACACAGGCCCCAGGGCUGUGUUGGACCCAGCUCCGUGCUGUCCCCAGCACAGGGAGGGCAGCAUGGGCCUGCACAGAGCCUGUCCUGGGGGUCGGACAAGCUGCCCCGUCCUGUGCGCAGGGACCAAAGCCUUGCCCUUGUCCCACUGCAGCUCCCCUCUGCUCCAGCAGUGCUCAGGUACCCCCUGCCCCGCUAUGGCCGGGGCAGGGGUCAGAGGGAGCAGCAGGGUACAGGUCAUAGGGCCAUGGGGGCUCCAGGGAGAGGCCAGGUCAAUGAAGGGCCCUACUCCUCCCCCCGGGGACCCCCACCCCUGCUGCUUCCCCCAGACACCCCCCGAGGAGAGAAGAGAUGCAGGCUGCAGCAGGGGGUGAGCCCAGCCCCCGGGGGGUCAAGCAAAGCCCCCACUACCACAAGCCUGGUGCGAUGUUGAGAAAGCUGCUGCUGGGCAAUAGCUACAGCAACGAUAAAGGGGAAAAGCCUGUGAGGAACGGCAGCAAGGGCCCGUCUGUCCCAGAGCAUGCUCAGCAGGGCAGAGCCCAAGCACCUGCUCACCCCAGGCAGGCAGGGGCCAGCACCCCCCUCAUCACUACCCUACCACAAGAGUUUACUAAACCUUUAACAAUGAACGUUUGUGAGAGUUUCCCCAAAUAAAAGUAAGUUUUUAAAA